AUGCCUUACCAGGGCGGGAGAUAUCUACCUCCUAUCGCAACUCCAAUACAAUCCACAUAUCAAAAGGAUUUCAUCAAUCAGCCGGUGAAUCCGCCAAACUCAUUCAAAUACAGAUCCACCAGCAGCUUGCCUCCAAUUAAUUACUCCAACUAUCGCAUCGUAAAUAAGGCAACUAAGUACAGCGACGAGUUCCAAGGAACAUUUGGACCCGCUGCACCAAGUGCCAAAUUCUCUUUCUCUUCUACAUUUCCUUUCUUCUUCAGGCCACCUCCAUACGAUUACCCCUCAAAGGAUCCUAUUGAGAUCUCCACUUACAGAGCCAAUUUUAGAGAGAGCAACUAUCCGAGACAAGGACCUCACCCCACCUCCCCACUGCGUAAAAAUAAUCCACACCCGAGAACAAUGACGAACGCUUUCAACUAUCCUAAAAGGGUGAGUCUCAUUUUUGGCUUCAAACAAUUAGCAUAGAAUUAAGUGAGCCUGUGGAUUUCACUUUUCUUUCAAGAGUGCGAGUGGUUACCAAGUAACUUGACUUUUUCUAACGUGUUUCUGACGGAAAAUCAGUUAAAAAAAUGCUUGUCCUGUUAACUAAUGAUAAGGCAGCGACCACCAGGAAGUAACUCUUUUUCCACUGUUACUGUUCUGAAUGCAUUGACGCUUUUACGGUGUACGUGAGCAAUGUUCCAUUGAGCUUUUCUCGCAGUAAACGUUGACCACCUUAAGCCAUCGUUUGAAAACUCUGAUCGUGAUAU